CCGACGGGCCUCGGCGACGGUGCCACCGCGGCUGCCCGCGGCUGCAGGCGGUCCUACGGGCAGCACAAUGGCGGGCGCCUACCACUGGGAAGCGCGGCGCAGGCAGAUGCAGCUGGAGCGCAGAUGCUGGCAGAUGCAGGUACUGUACCUGGGCAAGGGAGACGAGGAGAAAACUCAGGUCCAGGAGGGUCGUUUAAAAGGGGGGCGCAAAAAGUUCCCCAACAGAGGGUGGGAAAAUGUGGGGCACAGGGGAGAAUAUGAUGGGAGUCACAAAGCGCUGCAUUAUCUGGUUGGUUGGUUGUGGUUCAUCUAGUUGCAGGCAUGCCAACUUGAAUACAGUGGUACCUCAGGUUACAUCCGCUUCAGGUUACAGACCCUUCAGAUUACAGACUCCGCUAACCCAGAAAUAGUACCUCAGGUUAAGAACUUUGCUUCAGGGUGAGAACAGAAAUCGUUCUUUGGCGGCACGGCAGCAGCAGGAGGCCCCAUUAGCUAAAGUGGUGCUUCAGGUUAUGAACAGUUUCAGGUUAAAAACAGACCUCUGGAAUGAAUUAAGUACGUAACCAGAGGUACCACUGUACCUGAACCCGAGGUACCUGUUCUUAACCCGAAACUGUCCUUAACCUGAGGUACCACUUUAGCUAAUGGGGCCUCCCGCUGCCACCGCACAAUUUCUGUUCUCACCCUGAAGCAAAGUUCUUAACCCGAGGUACUAUUUCUGGGUUAGCGGAGUCUGUAACCUGAAGCAUCUGUAACCUGAGGUACCACUGUAAUUUUGGGGGGUGGCGACGAUCAGGUAUAAUAAUAAUAAUAAUAAUAAUAAUAAUAAUAAUAAUUUAUUUAUACCCCGCUCAUCUGGCUGGGCUUCCCCAGCCACUCUGGGUGGCUUCCAACAAAAUAUUAAAAUACAGUAAUGCACCAAACAUUAAAAGCUUUCCUAAACAGGGCUGCCUUCAGAUGUCUUCUAAAAGUCUGGUAGUUGUUGUUCUCUUUGACAUCUGGUGGGAGGGCAUUCCACAGGGCAGGUGCCACUACCGAGAAGGCCCUCUGCCUGGUUCCCAGUAGCUUGGCUUCUCGCAGGGAGGGAACCGCCAGAAGGCCCUCAGCGCUGGACCUCAAUGUCCGGGCAGAAUGAUGGGAGUGGAGAUGCUCCUUCAGGUAAGCCCAGCCCCACAUAAUUGAUCACAAGACAUGGUACAUGUACACCAUUUGAAUGGCAACUUGGGAAAGCGGCCCUCCUCAAAUAUUUUAGGAAUGUGACGAAGGGACCUUGGCCCCCAGAAGUUGGAUUCUGUGUCUAGUUGUCUUCUCUGACCACCACCAGCUGCCCAAGAUCUGCAAGGCUUUCAGCCUCCACAGCCACGUGGUCCUUUCAGUACCUCAAGGAUAGCCUGUCAUAUGAACCAGCCCAGACCCUGCAAUCACCAUCUGAGGCACUUCUUAUGUGCCUCCUGCACGAGAGGUCCAGAGGGUGGCAGCAGGAAAGCGGGGCCUUUUCUGUGGUGGCUCCCCACUUGUGGGCUGUUCUCCCCAGGAAGGUUUGCAUUACAUUACAUAUCUUUAGGCUCCAGGCUAAAGCAUUCCUCUUCUCCCAGGCCUUCGGCCAAUUUAACCAUCUGUGGCCUUUUAAACUGGGGUGGGUAUUGUUUUGUUUGUUAUUAUGUUAUGUAUUUUUGUGUUUUUCUACUGUAAACUGCCCUGUGAUCUUGGAUGAAGGGCAGUGGAUAAAUUGAAUAAAUAACAAAAACAACUAGAGAGGCCAAGGGAUUGGCUAGAGGAUCUUGUGUCAGGAAUUCAGCCUACACUCGAGUAGGACUCUGGCAGAGACACAUGCCCAACUGGCAUGUCCCCUCCCUCCUGGUCGAUCGUUCAGGAGCUUCAUAAGCUUUCUUCAGCCCGAACAUCACAGCGACCUAUGCCAACCGACAACGGCACACUUAGGGAUCUGCAGAGUAUGCGCAACUUGCGCAUGACAGACCUCAGCAACUCAGCAUUUUGGCUAAUCUACUUUAUUUACAUAUAAACACACACGGAGCACUGCAACAUGGCUCCCUCUCUCUCUAGCAUUAGACAGCAAAGAGAAAGAACAAAGGACAAUAGUUUCACUUCACGGAACCCAGGAACACAAAAAUCCUGUCUUCAUCACUUCCCACUCUGUGGAGUCAAAACAUACACCGUUGUGUGAUAGACAAAAAUCCCACGACUGCAAUCAUGGGGCAGGAAUACUAACACCUUGCGAGACCAGGGAGAAGGGUCGAUGGAAGAAGAUUGGAAAAAAUUCAAAAUAUAUCUUCAAAAAUACUGCAAUAUAAAAGAAUGUUAGAAAGAGGUUGGAAAAAGAAUAUUAGGUCGUUCUGGUAGAUAUGAUAUAAUGGACUAAGCAAAAAUGAGUUGAUGAAAUUGAUGAAAUAGAGGAGGUUUAAUUACAUUAUUUUAAUUUUAAAAUACGUAAAUGAAAAGAAGCUUAGAAGGAUUUGCUGGAAACACGAUCUGAACUAGAAUACAAAAUCGAGAGGUGAGAGGAGGUCAUGGAAAUAAGUAAAGGGAAAAGGCUAUGUAAAGGUUUAAUCUGUUUUUGUUUUAUUUUAAUUUAAUGUAUUUUUAUAUUUUUUUGUUAAGUCUUCUUUUUUAUUCUAUCUUAUUGUUCUUUUUUACUUGUUCAUUUUUUGCUUUGUUAUGGCUAAAGUCUUCUUUGUAUUUUGUAUGGUUUUUCUAUUUCUUUUUUGUAACUUUAAAUUUGGAAUAAAUAUCAUUUAUUAAAAUAAAAAAAAAAGGAAUACUAACACCUUGUGCAUGCAUGUGAGGGAAAAGUGGGGAGGCCCAUAGCUUUGUCUGCAGAGGUUUUCAGGUCCAAUCCUUGAAUAGUCUUCAGUUCGGACUGCGAAUGACUCUCGUCUGAAACCCAGGAAGGCUGCUGCCAGUCAGUGUAGCCUUGGAGCAUGCAUAGUAGAAGAUGGGAAUUGAGGAAUAAGGAACUAAAUUUGUGGGGUGCAGAAGUCAGAGGGGAAGGGAAGGAGUUUGGAAGGAUUGGCAAGGGAAAUUUUGUCCAUAUAUCAGUAAUCGCUGCAUAAAUGGUGAAGCCACAUUCUCGUCAAAACUAAGGCAACGUAAAAAGUGGAAGCAGAUGAGAAAGCAGAACAGAAAGGGAGCCUUGUAUAGGGAAGCUUCUUAAUGUUUAAUGUUUUAUUAUGUUUUUAUGUGUGUUGGAAGCCUCCCAGAGUGGCUGGGGCAACCCGAUCAAAUGGGCAGGGUACAAAUAAAUUAUUAUUAUUAUUAUUAUUAUUAGAGUUACCCAGGCUGAAAAGGGAGAAAUCCAAAGGGCUGUUGCAGAAGGGGAAGGAACUGGAAAAUGCACACCUGGUCCAGGAUGGGCAGGUAUUAGCCAGGGAAAAGUAACAUGGCAGUUUUCACUUUGCGUGUGUGUGGUUGCAUGCAGGCGAGAGGCGCCUAUGGAGGACAGCAGCAGGACCAUGUUUUGAGGGAUAUCCAAGCAAAAUGCUCAAUCCCGCCGCCCUCCCACACCGUGUCUCAGAAUCCAGUCUCCCAAGGUAAGGGGAAGGGUGGGAAGCUGUUACAAGAGAAGGGGGUGUUCAGAGAUGCCUUGUCCAUGAACAUCACCUACCUAGACUGGCCCCUGGACCCAGCCUCUGGAAAGGAAUAUCUAAGGUAUCUCAAACCCUCCGGUGAGUGAGGGACUUCCCCUGCAGGCAAAGGCAGGCUCUGGCGAAUUGAGCGGACAAGACCAAUUGUAGGCCCAAGAAGGUGGUUUUCUGUACCUGCUGCAAAGGGAAGUGAGGGACAGGUGAGGCUGACCAACCUGGGAGAAAUAAAUCUCUCUUUAAAAAAAAAUUCAUUUUUAUAAACACACAACAAACAUCAAUUCAAAAUCCAAAAUCUGAGAUUACUCUGAAUCUCCUGACUCCCCCCUAUCCCUUUCAUGGGUCCUAAUGAAAAUAAUUACAACUGCAUGUCAAUAUUUAUCCAAAUAUUUUUUCCUUCUGAAUUGUCCAUAGUUUCUGUUACUUUACAAAUGUGAUUGAAAUCCUGCCAGUGUUUUAACCUGCUUGCAGUAGUCUUGUAUAUAAAUUAUAAACUUUUCCCAUUCUUUUUUUUUAAGUUCUUGUCUUCUUGAUUUCUGAGCUUCCCAGUUAAUUUUGCCAUUUUGGCAUAGUCUAUCAUCUUGAAGUGGCUUAGUCAUGCUGGCCACAUGACCUGGAAGUUGUACGCCGGCUUCCUCAGCCAGUAAAGCAAGAUGAGCGCCGCAACCCCAGAGUCAGCCACGAAUGGACCUAAAGGUCAGGGGUCCCUUUACCUACACAAGUAGGAAAAAAAUGUCUCAUAUUAAAAGGUCAGAAACUCACUUUGCCAUGUGGCCUUCUGCAGCACACUUCGAAUGUGUUUGGGGUGUGCAAAUUAGUGCCUUAAUUUGGGUACUCUUUUGCCACGGGAAAGAAUUAGUCAGUGCCUUCCAUCUGAUAACCAUUCUUCAAAGAUACAGUUCAUUCUGCCCAGAAUUAACCCCUUAUGCCUUUCAUUACUUUGAAACUAACCUGGCUUUCACACACAGAAGAUGAGCUGUUAACAGAUCCUCAGCCCCCAUUGCGACUGAGCUUGAGCUUUGAAAUAUUCAUGCACUGAAGGUAUUGGAAAAUCAGGUGUAGGCUAACCUAGCCGUGUACCCUCCAUUGAAAGACAGAGGUCAAAUUACAAGGGUUUGUCGUGCUAGAAAACAGGCGUUCAGUGUGCCCAGGAUUGCAGCAUGGGCGGUCUCCACAGGUCAGGCUACAAUUUCAACAUGAUUCGGGGGAUGAGGGCGCUCAAUCAAGUUCCACUAGAAGCGCUGCUUGUGGUUUAGGGAUGGCAGCUUCUUCUGCAAAUUCAUAUGUUGCCAAGCGAAACCAACAAAAUAUCUCGUAAACGAAACGAGCUCUUCCUGCAAACAUCCGACCUGUCGGAGCUAAAGCGAGAUGCCAAAAUAGGUUGGGACAGUGGCUCCCAAACUCAUUUCCCCGUGGAACUUGCAGUACAUCUUGGAAGACCAAUUAAAGAUUUUUCUGCCUGUUGUAGCAAUAGUAAUGCACAACGCUAAAUGCUGUAUGGUUUUUAAUUGUAUUGCCAGUGCUGUUUUUCCCAGGAGGAAAAACUCCUUUUUUUUGGGGGGGGGGGUGUUAAAAAGUGUGACACUUACUUUAACAACUUCAUGGUGAGUACUGGCACCUAUUUUUCUGAAAAAAAGCACUGGGUAUUGUUAUUGCUUAUUUUAUUCAUUAUGUACUGUUUUAGCUGUAUUACAACUUGAAUUUUAUGAAAUUCAAUUUGUAAAAAAUGCAUAACCAGACGCAGUAAAAAUACAAAUAAAAUUCAGUAUUGCUAUUUACCACCUUCCAUCUUUAGCCACAAAUCCAGACAUGCCGUGGACUGUCUGAACGAAGCUUGUGGACCAUGGGCAUGAUACCUUGGUUUGACAGUAGACUGAGAUUAAAAGUGUGCGAGUCGUACCAAACUCAUCAGGUGCAGGUACCCUUGUGCGAGACGUCCUUAAAUCAAGAGUAGAGAGCUUGUGGGCCUCCUGGUGGUGAACUACAGUUCCCGUUAACCCUGACCAUUGGUCCUUCUGGGUGGAGCUGAUGGGAAGUGGAGUCCAACAUCAUGAGAUCUGCAGGCUUCCCAUCACUGCUUUAAAUCUCAGAAGGUAUUGCAAGACACCUUGCCAUUUAUAGGUUUCAGGUGCCCAAAGUGCUUCCUGCAGACAUUCAUAAGAUCAUAGAAUUGUAGAGCUGGAAGGGAUCCCAAGAGUCAUCUAUAACAACAACAACAACCAACAACAGCAGCAGCAACAAUUUAUUAUUUAUACCCCACCCAUCUGGCUGGGUUUCCCCAGCCACUCUGGGCAUCUUCCAACAAAAUACUAAAAUACAAUAGUCCUUCAGAUAUUAAAAGCUUCCCUAAACAGGGCUGCCUUCAAAUGUAUCCUAAAAGUCUGCUAGUUGUUUUUUCCUUUGAUAUCUGAUGGGAGGGCAUUCCACAGGGCGGGUGCCACCACCGAGAAGGCCCUCUGCCUGGUUCCCUGUAACUUCGCUUCUUGCAGGGAGGGAACCGCCAGAAGGCCCUCGGCGCUGGACCUCAGUGUCCGGGCUGAAUGAUGAGGGUGGAGACGCUCCUUCAGGUAUCUAGUUAAACUCCCUGCAAUGUAGGAAAUCCUGCCCACAGCCAUCCUUGGGUGGGCUUGAACCACCAACCUUUUGUUUAGUAGCCAGAUGCACAGACCCAUUGCAUUUUCUUUACAACAGGCCUGGGAGGUAGAUGUCAUCACCUUAUGGAAUAAAAGGAAGCUGAUCUGAGUAUGCAGUUGCUAGCUCUGUCUUCCUAAGAGGGGCUCAAACUUGGCUGUGAUCCAGAAUGCCUUCCUUCCACCCUAACCAGCUUGUGGUUGCUUGGUCCUGAGAGAUUGGGAGUCUGUUCUGUCAUAACAUGUCUCAGAGCUUGGGCCCUGGCUCCUUUUAAGUUCCUCCAAAUGUAUACAUCUUGGUUUUCCCCUUUUAAUUUCUCGCAGGGGUCCAUGCUGACUCUUGCCUGUGCAGAACGGAGCAUGUGCCGAAUCACAGUGGCAAGCUGUUGAAAAGAUACUCGGUGAGUCAGAAAGGGAAAAGCGGGGAGUUAUGAAACAAUGGGGAUGCGGUUGGCGCUGUGGGUUAAACCACAGAGCCUAGGACUUGCUGAUCAGAAGGUCGGCGGUUCGAAUCCCCAUGACGGGGUGAGCUCCCGUUGCUCGGUCCCAGCUCCUGCCAACCUAGCAGUUCGAAAGCACGUCAAAAUGCAAGUAGAUAAAUAGGUACCACUCCGGCGGGAAGGUAAACGGCGUUUCCGUGUGCUGCUCUGGUUCGCCAGAAGCGGCUUAGUCCUGCUGGCCACAUGACCCGGAAGCUGUACGCCUGCUUCCUCGGCCAAUAAAGUGAGAUGAGCGCCGUAACCCCAGAGUCGGCCACGACUGGACCUAAUGGUCAGGGGUCCCUUUACCUUUUAUGAAUCAGUGACCUCUUGGCUGCAACCUUUGGGCAGGGCAGCCUGUUUUGAGUGCAGCCGCUGUUCUCCUCACUGAGCUUUGUGGUCUUCUCUAUGCCUCAAAUGGCCAUUCUCGUUCUGCUCAUUCCCGUCCUCGCUCCCCUUCAGAUCUCUCCUUCCUAAUUUUUUAACAUCGGCAUAUUAGCUAUGAGGUCCUCAACUGCAUAGAUUUAAAUAAAACAUGCAUCAGCAUUCUACGUAGAAUCAUUGAGCUGGAAGGGCGCCUGAAGAUCCCAGGCGAUCCAAUCUGCAACCUUGGCAUUAUCAGCACCAACUGAGUUAUGUCUGGGCAGAACUGGACAACGAAGUUCUCAAAUGUUUUGCCAGAACCAGCCUGUUGGAAUGGAGGAGGAAACAUUGUGAAAUGUGUGGCUUCGUUGUUGUUGGAUCCGAUCCGAUACUGAUGGCCUCUCUUUUCUCUUUUAGACUACAGAGUACAUACAGCAGUGGUAACAACUGAGCAGCUGGCAACAGCAGGGAGAAAAGAUUCCUCUGCAACUUGGACCUGGAAGGAAAAAUGGUGUCCAUUGUAUGUGCUGUAAAAGCACUUUUCCGGGGCAAAACACGGAGUUUAGUGGUUGUGCCUAUGGGUUCUCCCACCCUCCCUAAACAUAAAAAGGAAAGCUUUCCAGAGUCACAGACUGAAACCACACUCCUUUAUGUAGAACUGAGCAUAACUAAAGUUAUUGCAGGGGGUUGGACUAGAUCACCCAGGGAUCUCUUCUAUAUCUCUGCUAUUCUAUGGCAGGCAUAGGCAAACUCCGGCCCUCCAGAUGUUUGGGACUACAAUUCCCAUCAUCCCUAGCUAACAGGGCCAGUGGUCAGGGAUGAUGGGAAUU